ACCCUUCCCCCUUGAUGUAACGAGGAACCUGGCAGAUGCGCUGAACAUCCCUUCAAAUUUGAGCUGGCAGAAGACCACUGUUUAACCAUCACCAUGAUCACAGUAUGAUAUCUUCCUUACAACCUCAGACAUAAAAAUAUAGGUCCGAGACAAGAGCGGAGACACAAAGCGGAUUCGCACACGCCCGAGAAGGAAAUUAACUUGGAGAUCAGAUAAACGUCUAGUGCUUUGGUGAUACUUAAAAAAAUGGAGGGACUUAUUUUGAACAAAUCGUUGAUGGCUAAAAGAGUCUUUCUCGUUUGGAUUUCUGUUAUAUUUGGCGGUGCUUUCAAUGGAUUAGUGCAAGGAGGCGAUGGCUGGGACACCGCCAGUCACGGUAAGGUUUACAGCAGUGAUCCACUACCUUGCACCUUCAAAGGCGAAAUGUACUUCCACGCCGAUUCAUGGGUCAUCGAUCGAGAUACGGAAUGCCAUUGCAACGAUAGUGACGUCAUAUGUGACGUCAUGACUUGUCCAUACCUGGACUGCGACAAUCCUAUCCCGAUUCCGAAAGAACCAUGCCCGAUUUGUUUCCACAACGUCAUUGCCCAAUUACUUAACGUCAAACUCCAUCCUCUAAAUGACGUCAUGACUGCCUACGUACCCGUCACAUUGACCUUCGACAUCGAUGUCCUAUUCGAGGAAUAUUCUCAGACGACAAGUGUAACCGGGAAACGCCUGUGGAAGGUCUCGGCAUGGGGGAGCAGUCAACCGGACGGCGGAGGAGCUUGGCAUGGCUACGUCGAUCAAGUCCUUACCGCACGUCAGUCGUCAAAGUCACAUAAAAGAGACACCGAUUUCGUCAUUGAUGAAAUAACCUUUGACCUUGUUCCGCCGUCGUGUGAAGCUGUCCGGUAUAUCUGCGUCAGUUUUGCCCGGGGCGAUGCACCCGUUACAAGGACGCAGUUGGAAUUCAUAUUUACCGGAACCGAUGACGAAAGGAAAGAUGUAAGGAAGUGUGUGCGAGCCCCACGCUGUGACGAACCAGCUCCUCUCCAACCAAAGUCGAUCAUGGGACAGACAUGUCGGUCCGGGGGACGGGAAUACCUUCCCGGUGAAGAAUGGAAGAAGUCCGAUUGUGUCAGUUGUGUUUGCGAAGACGGACAGGCUAAUUGUGAAACCGAGAGAUGCUUACGUGCUAACUGCGCUAACCCUGUCCAGGUGGAAGGGGUAUGCUGCAGAGUCUGCCCUUAUAUGGCAAUCGGAAGGCGAUUGGAUUUUCACUACGACGCAUCAUUUAACUACAACACCGGACUGGCCCGUUAUCUAGACGUCGACCUCGUCGUGAAUUUCAGAGAGGACGCCCGAACCACCUCGGUCAAGGGGAAGAACCUCUGGAAGAUGAGUGGGUGGGCGAGUUUCAACCGAGAAGGAAGUGGAACUCAGAUGCUGUACGUCGACCAGAUCCUUGACGAAAGCCUGCAAUCAAAGACUUACAAGAAGGGCAAAAAGUUCAAGAUAAACAAUGCUAGGUAUUAUCUGGAGAAUUAUGAGUGCGAGGCAGUGCGCUACUUCUGUUUCACGUUUGGAAAGGGUGACGAACCCCAACCUGACAACGGAGUCGAUUUCCAGUUACGAGGGAUCAGCCACGAUGUAGUUCAAUGCAUGGAAGCUCCGGGAUGCUUACCUGACGAAGAACUGGAUAGUUUUUGGGUGGACCCGGAUGCCCCAGUAGUAACAACAACACUACCUCCGCCAACAACAACGCAACCACCUACUACAACUACACUGCCACCAACAACCACAACGGUAAGAACAACUACCACCACUACUCGGCGCCCUCCUCCCGAAAAUAACCAGGUGGAUGGAACCGACAGAGACAAUAACGGAGCAUCGGGGAAAGGCAAGGGGAAGGGCAAGGGCAAAGGAAAGGGCAAAGACAGAGGUGGAGGUGGUGGAGUAAGUCGUCCCGAUCCAUGGGCACCUGUCUACUCGGAAGUUGAACCACGCCCUCCGCGUCCGUGUGUUACACGCAGCGCAGAGCACGGACAUGGGGAAAGAUGGAAGACAGAUCCGUGUACCAAGUGUAAAUGCAACGACGCGGCAAUUCGUUGUGUCAUCAAGAGUUGUCCACCCUACUAUUGCUUCGACCCGAUUUUCCUGGACGACCAGUGUUGUCCAUUCUGUCCAGCAAAUGUUGUCGUUACUCGAGUGGCCCCGUCUCUCAUGUCCAACAUCAGAGAGCUCACACCUGGCCAACGUUUCCAGCUUACUUUCAUGGUGAAUGUGACCUUCAGAGAUUCUUGGGACACGACUAGCGUCUCUGGAGAGGACCUGUGGAAGCUCUCCAUGUGGACCAGCCGCAAGCCCGAAGGGACUAACCCGAACAACAUGGUAGACCAAGUCCUCAGCGAUCAGCAGAGGGUAAAGAAGUACAUCUGGGGGAAACCUUUCGCGUUCAAAGGCGUCGGGUACGAGCUAGAAGUCAACGACUGCCCGGAUGUCCGCUUCGUCUGCAUCAAGUUCGGCCAGUCGGAAAACCCGCAAACCAAACAUGGCUUUGGUUUCUUCCUGCAGACGCUUCCCAAUGAUCAUGUCCUUGAAGUCUGUAUGCGUCUUCCGGACUGUAGGAGAUAAAGCGAUUCAAGAAAUAUUUCAAAACAAAAUCAUGACGGAGAGACUAUUUGUUAGGUGUUGGAGACUCGUUAUGGGUCUAGUUUGUUUAAAAUUUUAAGUCAUGUUUUAAUUGACGUUUUAAUAUCCGAUUGUCUGUGGUUCGAAUGGGGAGCUGAGAAAUAAUCGAAGGAGUCAUUAUUUGCUAGUAAAAGGAGACCUAUUGCGUAUCGACAGACUGAGGGAUUUGCCACAAAAUACAGAAGAACUAUCUCAUCAUCGCUCCACAAUUCAUGAUGGUACUCUAUGGAUGCAGUCAGUCAGCACUAUUCAAAAUAAAACGAAUGAUGGACGGUUUAACAAAGGAAUGUUUAAUACUUUAUUUAUUUUAUGCAAUUUUCUUUGAUUAUCACUUUUUUUUACAAUUUAGAGAUUGGUAAUGAACUUGGCAUUGUCAUCAAAGGGGAGGGUGACAAUGUGUCCAGCCUCCCGAAAACCAGCAAUAAGUUGCCAGGGAAGCUUCUCCGUAAUUAUACCUAUUUGUUCUUCUAAAAGAAAAAAAAAUCUAGAAGAGUAGCCUUCUUCUUCCCCUUAAUACUGUCAAAAUUUCAAAUUGUAAAAGUAAAUCAAAGACAACAUACAAAAGUUUCCUUGACACAUUCCCCCCCCCCCGAACUGCUUAGAAGUUUCAUUGAAUUUGCAAAGUGUGCAUAUCUUAUGCUUGAGUUGAACCCAUAACUUCAAAAGUAGUUUUCUCCUUAUUUUUUUUAAUUAGCACUCGCUUUGAUUCUUCUGCAUUCAACCAAAUACUUGUGUUGGUUAUUGUCUAUCAAUUCGACUGGUGAUAUCUCAUUUAAAAAUCUCAAAAUUAAGUUUGGGCGACUUGGUUUUUAAGAUGGCUGGUUAAUUCCAGUUGACAUGAUGAGCAUGACAACCAAAACCUGAUUCCUUAUAAUGCACACUAUGCCGUGGGGAUGUAAAGACAAAUGAAUUAAGAGAUACCACAGUUUAAUAGCAAAUAACCAAAUGUUGUAGAUUACAAAUGCCAAGGUUCUCAAUGGCGUGCAUUACCCCUAAAGCUGGUUACCCAAUAAGGUAUUAAUAAAGAAUUAAAUGAUUUAUCUAUUCUCCCUAAAAAUCAAUAAAGUGGUGCUAUUCAUGCCACGGACUUACGGGUGCUCUUGCAUAGGCAAAAGCUAAAAUACCAUACUAAUGUUGAGUACUAUACUGUCAGAAAAUGAUGUUGGAAAAAAAAUUAUCUUCCAUAAUUUAAAAUGACAUUGACAAAAAUUUUCAUCAUUUAUUUUUCGAAAAGUUAGACAAAUUCAGCACUUGGCUCAUUAUUUGGUCAUCAUGAGCCCGUUUCUUAAAGACUUACAAGCACCAUGUUGUUAUUAUUGUUAUUACAUUGGAGCCCUUGAUUUCAUAAUUGUGAUUAGCUACUUUGCCCUGUUACCAUGGUUACCAUGGAAAUUACCACCAACAGGCCCCAAACCUUAGUGCCAGUCGUCAAAUCAUUCACUAACGAAAAUAGCCAUGAAACAGCCACCGGAAUAUAAAGGGGAAGACAAUGCAGUUAAAGCAUGGACCAAUUAGGUCCAUGGUGUGUUGGCUCAGUUGGCAGAGCGUCCGUCUCACAACCGGGAGGUCGGGGGUUCAAUCUCC